AAGAGGUCCCGUAAACUAAACCUUAACAUAGUUUCCAGAAGCUGCAUCUGGAAGAAGUUCCUGUGACUUUUUGCUCAACAAGGAUACAUUCCAUGGAUGUCAAGAAGCAGAGCGUUUUCUGGCUAAUCAUCAUUGGAGCCACACUGAGUGCAUCAAAAUACCAUAUUUGUCCUCAUAACAAAGAAAUCAGGGAGCAACAUGCCUUCGGCCUCUUGAGUGAAGACGCCAAAGUACAACAAGGAAUUUGGCACAAAAUCCCUUGUUUGGCCUACCGUCCUGGUGAAGAAUUGGAUGGGAUCAUUUGGUACAAAGGAUCAAGAAUAGAUGACCUUGGAACACAGAGGCUCAUCAGUCGAAAGGGAGCUGAUUACUUUCCAACUACCGAAAGAUACGCAUUUUCAUCUGAUGAAUCUAGUCUCUUAAUAAAAGGCGUCGAGAAGACCGACGAAGGGACAUACCUGUGUCAGGUCAUCCCAGAAAAUUCACUCUUUCGAGCAAAAGGCGUUCAUAUCAACGUUAUUGCUGAUUCGUUUCCAGCUGUUAUCAGUGACACAUCAACUUCUGCACGUUUGGACCAAAGAAGUAGGCAACUGCUACCGUGUCAGUGUGCUGAACAGGUCACAGAGGGCAUUUCCGUAGUUUAUUGGUCAGCGGGGAAUGGUGUCAUUGCAGACACAGAGAUCAUUGGGGCGCGUUUUUCCGAUGGCACUUUCAUUCAGACUAAGUAUGGCACUGAUUGCAACAUUGAUCCCGAUGCAUCCCUUAUCGUAAAUUGUCCACGUGCGUUUGCUGACGUUACGAGGCUAUGGUGCCAUGUGUUUCUAUCCAAUGGCACGCAGCGGAAUUGUCACACUGACCUGUCAUUCGCAGCGCCGCCACAGCAAACAUUUGUCCUAAGUAGGUCCUUUGCAUGGUUGAAAACGAUAUUACUUGUGCAUGUAACGUUGUUACGAUUACUGGCUGGUUUGGUAAAACAGAAACAUUCGAGGCAAGCCCGGUAA